UAAAUAUGUCGGUGAACGUCCUCUGUUGUUUCGUUUACUGUGGGGACAAAAAGAGCAUCAUGGAGUAUGAAGCACUUCAUCUAUUCAUACUUGCAAAUUUAUGUGCUCUUAUAACCGGUGCUCCGACUUUGUGUUCAACUAAAAAUCUGGACAUUAGUAUGGGCAGAUUUUCUCUCUCAAAUGGUUUUUCUGAAGGUAGCGUUCUGAGAUAUACUUGUCCAGAAGGUUAUUACCCAUCUGUUAAGAGCCGGCAGUGUAAAAAUGGAAGAUGGGACCCAAAACUAACUAGGAAACCACAGUGCAAGAUGGUCACAUGCCCCGAUCCUCGUGGUUUUGAAAACGGUGAUGUCUAUCCUCAUCAGCAGAGGUAUUUCGUGAACAGCACAACGACCUACUCGUGUUAUUCUGGCUACACAUUCAGUGGCUCAGUGUCCCGAAUCUGCCAACCUAAUGGGAAGUGGAGUGGUGGCACACCAAUCUGUGGAAGAAACUCGGAUCACUGUCCUGAUCCUGGUUUUCCCCCUGGCACUACAAGGUCAGGCAAUAUGUUUAAUAUUGAUGACAAAGUCACAUACAAUUGUCACCGUGAGCUGACCUUGAUUGGUUCCCGUGAGCGAGUCUGUCAGAAAGGUGGCCUGUGGACGGGGUCAGAACCAGAAUGUUACGCUGAUUUCACAUAUGACACCCCAGAGGAAGCAUCCGAGGGUUUCAGAUCUUCUCUAAAGGCAAUGCUACAGGUUUCUCAACAGUAUAAAGAAAUAGGUGGAAAGCUUGAUAUCUACAUUGCCUUUGAUGUAUCUGAUAUCAUAGAUGAAAAUGAGUUUAAAAAGGCGAAAGGUGUCAUUAGUAAACUCAUAGAAAAGAUCAGUUACUAUGAGGUCUCCCCAAAUUAUGAGAUCCUGAUUUUUGCCACAGAUGUUACCAGGAUUGUCUCUAUGCAAAAAUUUAAGAUUGGUCAAAAACAUAACCUCUUACAAUUUCUUAAUAAACUAGGAGAUUAUAAAUAUAGCAGUAAAAGGACGGGAAAAGGGACUAAUAUCUCCAAAGCUUACUUUAACAUUUAUAAGAGUAUGCUAAUUGAGAAGGAAAUUGAUAAAAAGAGCUUUCUUCAGACUCAACAUAUUGUCAUCUUGUUUUCUGAUGGUCAAGCCAACAUGGGUGGAGAUCCCAAACCUAAGGUGGACCAAAUAAAAGAUCUUGUGAUACAAAAGGAUCCUUCACGUGAGGAAAAACUUGACCUUUAUGUGUUUGGAAUGGGUGAUGAUGUAAAUGCUGAGGAUAUAAAUCAUUUAAAGACUGACAGAGGAAAUGAAAAGUUUUUUUUCAAACUUCGAGAUCUGCAUGAUUUAAAGAAGACGUUUGACACCAUGACUGAUGAGGGUACCAGUGUACAACUGUGUGGACUUUACAAAGAUUACAGUGAUGGCUCAGAUUCCCAUAAGCGUCGUCAAUACCCCUGGUUGGCAAAGAUUUUUGUGAUUCGUAGUGAUGGAACAAUUUCAAAGUGCAUGGGGUCUUUAGUCACAUCGACCUUCAUCUUGACAGCGGCUCACUGCUUCAAGUCUGAUGAUACACCUGAUAGGAUAACUGUUGACAUGGAAUCAAAGUCUAAAGGAAUAAACGUUAAAGAGUACAUACCUCAUCCUCGCUAUAAUCUCACAGCAAAGCGUCACAAGGGUAUACCAGAAUAUUAUGAAUUUGACAUAGCCCUUCUUCAACUGGAAGAGCCUUUAAUCAUGAGUCCUGAUAUUCAACCAAUCUGCAUCCCCUGCACCAGGGAAACCAGUGGAGCUCUAAAACUUUCAGACAGAGAGGGAACGUGCAAAAAACAUGAGGAGAUGCUAUUGAGUGCAGAAACCGUGAAUGCUGCUUUCAUGUCAAAUAUCGGAGUCAAGAUUGAACAGAAGGACAUCACAAUCAAACAGGGAAAUUGGUGGGAUGCUUGUAUUGAAGAUGCAAAAAAAGCAAAAGGAAUUAUUGCGACAAAUGCAAAGGAUAUUGUUUCACGCAAUUUUUUGUGCAGCGGUGGUAUUAAACCAACCACAGAUUAUGUUGCCUGUAAAGGUGAUUCUGGAGGUGCCACAUUUGUUCCUGGUGCUCGAAUAGUACAGGUCGGAAUUGUAAGCUGGGGAGUGAAGAAUAUGUGUGCACGCAGCCCUAAACCUAAAUCUGAGAAAGAUUCCAGAGAUUACCAUACAAAUCUGUUUAGUCCAGAAAUACGUUCAUUCCUCAAAAAAUAUCUGGGAAAUGAAAGAAUAGGAACCCCUCUUACAUUCUUGUGAACAUUUAUUUAACAAUAGUUUAUUUGCAUACUCAGCAACAUUGUGCAUGUGCAGUGGUGUUUAAAAAUAGCACUAAUAAAAGUGAAAAAGUGCAGAAAUGUUAUAAAUAGAUUUUUAUUUCCUUUAUUUCAGAUAUAUUGAAAACAUGAUAUUUAAUGCCAAAUCAAAGAAUUAACAAAAUGUAUCAAGUCUGUCUUCUACUUUUAAAGGGAAACAAAGAAAAUGAAUAGUAAGCUGUUAAAAAAUAACAGUGUAAACAUUUUUCCCUUUAGAUACUUAUAAAGAAAAUAAAUUUCUUAAAGGGGCCAGGGCACAAGACUUUUUAAAGAUGUCAAAUAAAUCUUUGGUGUCCCCAGAGGACAUAUGUGAAGUUUUAGCUCAAAAUACCCCAGUUUAUUAUAGCAUGUUAAAAUUGACACUUUGUAGGUGUGUGCAAAAAUGUGCCGUUCUGGGUGUGUCCUUUAAAAUGCAAAUGAGCUGAUGAAAUUCAAACACUGAUCACAAUGACGGUGGUUUGUUGCAAUUAAAACUCAAUUGUGCUUCUCUGCACUAAAUGGCAGUGCUGUGGUUGGACAGUGCAAAUUAAGGGGCUAUAUUAUUAUAAUAAGAGCUCCUUAUGACAUCAUAAAGAGAGCCAAAUUUCAAAAUUCUAUUUUGCGUUUGAUGGUUUUCCUAUUAUUAUUAUUCAUCUUCUUCCCCAGUGGGAGUCUAUGGCAGCCCUAUGAACCGUACAUAGGAAAAUUAUGAAAUUUGGCACACUUGUAGUGGUGGUCCUAAAUAGUCAUGUGACCAGCUAUGGGGUCUCUAGCAUUAACUCUAUAGCGCCACCAGCACUUCAAAAAUUCAAUAUUCAAAUGGUUGUAACUCUAGAAUAAUUUGAUCAACAAAAACUUUACCUAGUACAUCUGAUUGCUCUCCUCACGCUCAUUACAAUGAACACCUUACAUUAAGACUCCACCCAUUACAGUAGCGGCCAUUUUGAAAAGUACAGUAUUUUGUUUUUUUCGCUACUACUUUGCAUUGUUACGCAUUUUGGCACAGAUAAUCUUUGGACCAAGCCGCAGAAAAUUGACCAAACAGAAUUUUGAUUUUUAUCUUUGUUCAAAAGAUAUAAAUGCAUACAUUUAUCAAUGUCGACCCAAAAUUUGUUCUGAGUCAUUAUCUUGGUCAUUCUUUGAUCAAUUGAAAUGAAACGUGGUACCCUUCAUGAGGACCAUGAACUGGGGUACCAUGCCAAAUUUAAGGACAGCGCCACCUACGGGUCAUGAGAUAUGAAAAAUGGCUAUUUUUGCCCAUAACUAUUAAAAUGUUUGAUGGAAAAUUGUGAUCGUGGUUUCUAUGGAUUCUUUGGCUCAUGACAAAUCUGUCAAUAUAAAUUAUGCCGGAAAUUACUAAACAGACAGGCGGUCCACCAUUUUGAAUUUUGUCAUAAAUUGUGAUAACUAUUAAUCUAUAUGAUGUAUCGGCACAAAAAUUGGUAGGGAGCUUCGGUAUGAUGUCCUGAAGGUACCUGGGAAAUCUGAAAACAGCACCACCUAGGGUUUAUAAACUAUAUAAAACAGCCUAUAACUUCUGAAAACUUUGUCUGAUAUUCAUUUUCUUUGUGAAUUUUUAUUCACUGGUAUAUGUCGAUUGCAACGAUAUCUCAUUUGUCAGUUUCCAACAUUCUGUUCAUGUCUUUUUUCAAAGCAUAUAUGAAGUAGUUUUUUCGCUACUACUGUUGCAAAUUUUGUCUAUUUUAUGCCAGGCUCAUCCGCACAGAAAUGACCAAACACAUUUUUGAUAUUCUUUGCCAUUCCCGAGAAAUACCUGGCCAAAAUUUACUGUCCUUGUGACAUUGUCUCUUUGUCAUAUUAAAUUAUUAUGACUGUAUUAUAACAUGUUGUGCACUACUAUACAAAAAGUUUUUCUUGACUUAAACUGUAACUCUUCUCACUUAAACUGUCUGAUUCUCAUAUAAAUUGUAAUUUUGUUAUUUCUGCUCUGCAAUGUCUUGUCUGCGCCUACCUUGAUUGGGCCAUUUGAAUGCGUGCAGCUCCGAAAACCUCAGCAAACUACACCAACUGUGUAGCGCAGUCUAAUAAAUCACAUGCAUGAAAACUCAGAGGUUGAGGGUUCGAAUCCUGUCUGAUGCAUGUGUUGUGCUUUUCUAUUAAGAUUUUGUUUUGAGUUAAUUCUCACCUAUUAUUCUCAACCAGUCUGUUUUCUAUGUUCUGCAUGGCUUGCAAUAAUUUGGUGGCCAAGCAUCACCACCAGUUCAAAAAUGCAGUAGCGGCCAUUUUGAAAAGUAUAGUAUUCAGUUUUUUUGCUACUACUUUUGCAGUGUUUGUUGAAUUGUUACACAAUUUGGCUCAGAUUAUCUUUGGACUGAGCCGCAUAGAAAUGACCAAACAGAAUUUUGAUAUUUAUCUUUGUUCAAAAGUAAUAAAUUUUUCAAUCAGGAAUAACUUUUAAACUGUUUAAUCAUCUAAAUUUCUACUGAGUACAUCUUAAGAAGGAAUGUAUGCCUUCCCAGUAGCUCAACCAAAUGCGUGAUGGGCAUGAAAUCCAGAGGUUGUGGGUUCAGCAGCAAUAAAAAUGGUUGACAAUUUUGUGUCAUGUAGAGUCAAAUGUUCGAACAGGUCUCCAAACUUGAACAUACACAUUGUCACUUCAGCUACCUAGCUUCAGCAGCUGUGUGUAAGUAUGUAUCUCCUGUAGCUCAACCAAAUGAGUGACAGGCAUCAGACCUGGAGAUCGUGGGUUCAAAUCCUGGGUAUGGCAGCAAUUGAAAUCUCUUACUUUAGAGUCAAAAGCUUCAAUUCAUUAUUUGUAUUUUAAUUUAUUAUUUUUUUCUGUGUUUGUGCUCUUUUGGUUUAAGUCUCAUGUGUAACAAGUAUAAUGCUUUGGCGGUUCAAUUGUUUUCUAGGUCAGCAUUGGACUAAUCGGUCCUUCUUUCAGCAUGCAAAUACAUAUUAUACUUCAAAAUUUUCAUUUAUUCAAUAUGUGCAUUUUCAUCUCUGACUCCUGUAAGUUUCCAUACAUAUCUGCUACAUUGCAUUCUUCAAUUGCAUGUCCUUUCGGCUUCAUGGUGUGUUGCAGGACCAUUGUUGCUUGGCCCCGUUUCGCUGCUUGCAGCUAUAUUUUUUCAUGUGCUUGUAGAGAAUGGUUUACCAAAACUAAGUUACUGGGUUGAUCUUUUUCACAUUUUCAAGGUUGAUAGAAGCACUGGGGACCCAAUCAUAGCACUUAAACAUGGAAAAGUCAGAUUUUCAUGCCAUGGCCCCUUUAAGAUUUAACUUCACUUUAAACUAUUGAAUUAGUAAUAUUUAGUUGCAUAUCCCACAGCAGCACAUCUGUGUCAAAUCGAGUCAACCAACUUCUGGCAGCUAGAAACAUGUAUUUCAGUUCAGGAUCCACAGUUCCUGUCAUUUUUUAGGUUUUGCAUCAGAAACUGCAUUUUAAUGUCACCCCACAAGUUUUCAAUGGGGUAGAGAUCAGAAGAUUGAGCGGGCCACUCCAUAACCUCAAUCCUUUUGUCUGGAUCCAAGAUUUUGCCCUCUUGCUUGUGUGUUUGGAGGUGUUGUCUUGUUAAAACACCCAUUUUAGGGGCAUUUCCUAUUCUGUAAAGGGCAACAUAAUCGUUUUAACUACUACAUCUGUAAGUAAAUAAUAUCCAAUGCAGAAAUAUUACUGCUAAUAAUAACAGAGGUUUAUCAUUUUGUGUGUCUUUGUGCUUUGUGAGAAUUAUGCAAUUAAA